ACAUACAUCACUGUGUCCGAGUCCAUCUCUGAUCUCACUGGCUCAAAAAUGUGUAACGGUGGUCUCUUCAUUGUUCUAUUUAAAGUGAACUCAUUCAUCGGUCUUUAAAAUGAAUACAGAGAAAUAUAUUGCUUGAAGAAAAUGAACAUUACUUAACUUGUAUUGACAAAAAAGAGCUUACAAGUUGUCAUUGUUCCCUUCACUGUCGCUCAUGCGUGCAGACAGUUCGGUUACGGCGUUCAUGUCUAUUUGGUGUUUUUUUCCCCCCUCUUGACGGGUCUUACAAUUAUUUUUUUUAUUUGUGAAACUAUUUAUUAUAGUCCCCUUGCUGGUCCCACGUACAGGUAUUGUAUGCUUCAUCUUAAACUUCAUUUAUUGAGAGUUAAUUACGGUUGGGAACUAAUCUCUCUCUCUCUUACUUACCUCCAAAACUUAAGUUAAGCUGUCACGGGACAGGAAGAGUGAAAACCAAAAAACAAGAUCUGCAACAGGUGUAUCGUCGUCACGUAAGCGUUCCCAUCUGUCGCUAUGUUCACGUCACUCCCUUCUUUCUCCUGCCGCUGUCCUGUGAAGGAAUACCCUAAAUAUUGUCUGCGGCUGUAGACAUUAAGACCAGAUAUUGGCAAAGGACACUUGGUCAAAAGUGUUCUUAAAAAGACACUGUAAUGCUGGGCUCCUUGAGGUUUAUUGUUCUGGGUCAGACUUAUGACAUACUAUAUAUUAUAUACUAUACUUUUCUAUGGCAAACUACACUAUAUGUAUGGAAUACUAUAUUAUAACAUACUCUACUGGCUGGAGGCAUUCUGUGUUCAAGUUAUCGGUACUCAUCCCAUUUUGUGAACGUGAUAUCUCGGGAACGCCUGAAGGACAUCUCUUUCGAGUUUAACAUCCACUUGCACUUUUUUGGUAUUUUUUCACAUUUUUUCAUGACUUUAGGACAUUGGCAUGGCUCUUGACAUACAAUACCUUUGUGGCAUUUCUAUGGCGUACUAUACUUCGACAUACUCGACUGACUUUUCUUUAAUGACAUACUACACUGACAUUUUAAUGACAAUUUCAUGAGGACUUUUCUGUCAUAACUGACUUUUAAUGGCAUGCUAUUGGACAAACUAGUGUGGUUUUUUUUAUGACUUGAUCUUUUAGUGACAUACUAAACAAUCUCCUUUCUGGCAAAAAGUGAUAGUAUAGCAACGCGUGAAAGGAUUUAAACAGAGGGCUAUUUCAUUGUGAAAUACUUUUAAUAAAAACAGACUAUGCUUGUACAGCUGUCAUUGACAGCUUUUAAACUGUUUGUCAAAGGAUAUAUUAUAUUAUGCACCUGCCAACGAGUAGAGGUUUGAACUUUUCCUCUUUAAUACUGUACUAUGAAUUUAGACUUUCCUGAAGUUGAGUGAAUUUUGAACUAAGACAAGCCAAACUGUAAACACAAGUUUCUAUGAACUACUUCAAUGGUCAAAUUGAAACAAACUGGACCGUUGCUAAUGAGAUAAACUCUUACGGCUUCAGCUAAUCUUGUUUGAGGAUCAGGGAGUCGGCAGUCAAAUCCCCAUAAAACCAAGCCGCUGACCGGUGUUUCGCCCACAUGUACUGGAAGCACUGCCACGAAUGGAUACUGUCAGCUGAUUGUGUCUACAGGAGAUACCGCUCGCAGGUGAGUCCGUGUUUCUUGUUGGCAUGUCCAGUGAAUUGUGUUCAUUUGUACAGAAACAAGACAGUUUGGUAGAAGACUAAGUUGAUUUAAGGUGACAACUGUAAAUGUUGGUAGACGACAUUCAUUGACAUUUAGAAAAAGAAAUGGAAGCAACAUGAGAAAAUAUUGCUGUCUGUGAUCCUAAUUGUUAUUCUUUGUUGCAGAUUAAAAAAAAAAGAAAAAAAACCCCUCAUUCCUAUCAGUGUAUAAUCCUGUGACCUUUUUACAGAGCUUGGGAAAACCCCACCUGCCGCUCCACACAAACAUCCGCACGAGACGACUGUUGGAAUGGAUUCCCUCAUGUCGCUGGGUGCCCCUCUGAAGCAGUUCACCAGCUGCGUGUCAGGGAAACACACCGCCACCAAGAGAGGGGCCAAGAGGGGCCAGUCUGUCCGCAGAAGCAGCUUCACCCGCAGGAAGAGCGUCAGUCGGAGGAGAAGCCUUCCCUGCAGCAACCAGAAAGUCCCCGACUCCUGGCUCAGACUGUACCAGGAUGACCUGAAGAGAGAGAGGAAACGUCAGCAAGACGUACUGGCCAAGAAGAGCGCAGAGCGGUCGGUCAGAACCCACUUCAGGAGCCACCACUGCCUCCCAAGGCAGACCACCGCUGCCAGAAAACCGGCCUCAGUGAAGGACGAAUCCUUCUUCGGGGCCUUCAAAGGCCUCAGUCUGGAUGGACUGCUGGGAGACGGCAAUGGGUCUUCCUCGGUCUCGAUGCCGGCUGCUAGUGGAGAUCAGUGCAAAGUUAUGUGAGCCCAAACAUAUUAAGACAUUGUUCAAAUGGUCCUAAUGCUCAAGAGACUUGAAGGACAAAGGACAGGGCCCAUAAAGGGAAGAUGUUUGGAGUUGAGAAUAUGAAGACAUUUUUUUACAACAGUCGAUAUUGUUUUUUGUUCUCGAUUCCUUGAUGGUUGUUUUGCAUUUAACUCUGUAAAGUUUGUCUCCUCGAAUACAUAAAAUUGAGCAAAUCUGACAU